AAUGAAUCUCUCUCUUACAAUGGUAGAUGUAAGAACGGAGUUACCUUUUCGGAAUGAAUGUAUCAAUAAUCCUUGUGACAAUGUUAACGUGAACGCUUUGGCGGCAAAUUUCUCCUAUAUUUUCAUUGAUUCCUCAUAUUUUUAUAACAUACGUUUGGAAUUCGAGGUGUUUGAUCGAGGAAAUUUAUCAAUUACGAAUUCUUUAUUUACUAAGCGUGAAACUUACGAGGAGACUAAUCUUGGUGGGAUAAGUAUCAAGACAACAGUUUUUAAUACUAUAAUCAGUAUCAAAAACUGUAUAUUUCGUGAUCUAAAACAUCGAAAUCCAAUUUUAAGCGCCGUUAACGUAUAUGAUGCCUCUUGCGAGUUAUACGCGAUUCACGGUGUGGAACGGUCAGUGAUGGGAAAUGCAACUGUUCCAGUGAUUGAAAAUUGUACAUUUAUCAGAAACGAAAGAGCUCUAUCUUUGCAAUAUAAUUUUGGAUUAGUUAUUGUUUCUGAUUGCGUCUUCAUUUCCAAUAAAGUUUGGCAGGCAGGUGGCGCAAUAAGGGUGGCGUUAAACAGCUUACAAAAUAGGCUACUUCUAAGAAACUGCAUCUUCAAAAAUAAUAGUGCAGGAUUUCAUGAUUUUAGAGAAAUGAGAGGACUAGAAGACACAAUAAAGGUCGUUAAUGAUCGAGUUCAACUUAAUUCCUCCCAGCAUAAAGGAUCUUUAAUUUUAGCAGGAAAGGGAGGGGCUCUUAGAAUACAUAAAGGUACAAUUAAACUGGAAAAUUGUUCAUUUUUCAAUAAUACAUCGACAAGAUUAGGAGGGACGAUAUAUUUAGAUCGAAGAGGCAAAAUAAUAAUAAGUUUCUGUCAAUUCCGCAAUUCUCCAGUAGAUCUUCAUCCAACGCAAGGUGACUUAAUCUAUUCCAACGGCAGAGUUUUCAUAUCGGACACAAAAUUUCUGGUGCUGACUGCGCAACAGCAUAUUGAUAUUCUUCAUUUGACAGGCGAAUAUUGGUCCAUUGAUGUGAGAAGUCUAAAUUUCACUUGUCCCAUAGGACAUAAAUUAUUAAUUGUCAACGCAACAUCAAGUAAAAUUAAGCAGGAAGGCUUAAUGACAUCUCAUAAACUGGAUCAACUUAUUUAUACUUGUAAGAUAUGCGGUGAUAAUAGAUACAGUAUGUCAAGAGGAGCACUUAUUUAUAAUGCAUCUAAAAAUGGGACAGAUGACAUUGCGCCUUACUAUAAUUUGCGAGUUGAUUCAGAAUAUCCAAAUGGAACUGGACUUACUUUAUUUAAUCUAACAGACAUUGAACCAUGCUAUUCUUGUCCUUACGGAGGUGACUGUGCUUCCGAAAUAAGAGCAAUACCGAAUUAUUGGGGUUAUUACUAUGGGAAUAGGAUUGCCUUCUUGCCUUGCCCCCCUAACUAUUGUUGCUCUAUACCACCAUGCCAAGGUAUACAGCCUUGCAGCAAAAAUCGUCAAGGCAGACUAUGUGGACAAUGUGCUCCAGGUUAUUCUGAAGCUUUCUUCUCAACGACUUGCGUUAAGAACGAAAACUGCUCUAAAUGGUGGCCAUGGAUCCUAACAGCAGUUAUCAAGAUUGUUUACAUCUUUAUUUUUUCCGUCUUCCUUAUCUACCAGGGUGACUUAAGGCAGUUCCUAUUCAAAACGCCGGCUUUCCCUUCGAGACACACCUGCUGUACGGAAAUGAUAAGAUCACGUUCUCGCAAUAAUUUGGUUACAAGUAACACGCAGUAUAAAUAUGACGAGAGCAGUCGUGUCGAAGAUUGUCAAUUAGAGUCCUUAAAUCGAUUGGAUUCCUCCUCCAUUAAAGAUUCGAGAGAAAGAAUGGAUAGCGAUAACGGGAAUGAGCUUGAAUAUGAUUCGUCAGACCAAGGGAGAGGUUUUUUAGUUAUAUUAUUUUAUUAUUUCCAAGAUGCUUGGCUUCUUCAUAUACAUACAGCUUACACUAAAACCGACACGGCCUUAGAGAAGCAAUUAAAAAGCCUCUUGCAAGGAAUCUUCCGCUUUCGACUAGACAAUCUAUUUCAUUUUCUCGAGGUUGUAUUAGAACACAUGUGCCUUAUAAAAGACCUAAAACCGGUACAGAAAGCUCUUAUCAAAGUGUUCGAUGUACCUGUCAUACUUUUAACUUUUCUAGUCCUCUUUAUAAUAAAUAAAAUAUGCAGCAGGCAGGUAAAAAAACAGGAUUGCUGUCGAAGGGACAAAAGAAGUGCUUAUUUUUCAACACGCUUAUCAACAGGAUUUAUUUUACUCUUGCUUAUUACUUAUCAGAAACUUGCAACAACUAUCUUCUCUCUAGUACAUUGUGUGAAAAUAGGAGGUGACAGUGUAUUGUUUUUGGACGGUGUACGAGAUUGUUAUCACCCCUGGCAAUACUUUGCUAUGCUCUACGCAGCAACAUGCUUAGUACCUUUCAGUCUUGUGCUUAUGUUUGGCCCUUCUCUACUAGCUGCUGGAAGUAUAAGCUUGACAAAUUUCUUUUUUGCCUCCUUAUUACCUGGACCUUUCUUACUAUAUUGGAUUUAUGUAAAGCUAUCAAAAAGACGAAUUAAGAAAUUAAAGAGGCCCCUUAGUAGGGAAGCCUACGCUGUACUUCACUUCCUUCAGAGGCCUUUUGUUGAAACUAUUGACCAAGUUGCCAAACCGGGAAGAGUUUGUUGGGCUGGGUUACUAACAGGAAGGCGUUUACUGCUCAUCAUCUCUUACACAUUUAUUACAAACGUAUUGUACAGAAUAUUAAUUAUGUUAGCAGUUUGCUUUGCAAUUCUGAUGCAUCAUGUCCACUGGCAACCCUAUGGGUCAAGUCAGGGUAAUGCUGCCGGAACACUAUCAGCUGCAACUUUGAUUAUAGUUGCUGGCAUUAAUUUGGUAAGGGCUGGCUUCGAAAGUGCUGAAUACAAGCCUCAGGGACCUAACUACUCUCUCAUGAAAGUUUUUGAUGUCGUCGAAAAUAUGUUAGUAUUGUGGCUUCCUCUUAUCGGAGUUUGUUUCACCUUAGCACUAAUUGUGUUAAGAUUUUUCUGCUUCCUAAUAUCUAGAUCCAUAACGAAACGUUCCACGGCGACAAAAACCCAAACGCAACUCAGCUGA